CAAUGCACCUCUUACCUUUUCAUCCAAAGUUUGUUACAUAAAGUAUCGAGAACCUUCCAGUGUUGGUGUGGCACAACAUUUAACCAACACUGUGUUUAUUGACAGAGCUUUGAUUGUUGUGCCCUGUGCUGAAGAUGACUAGAGUGACCCAGGCUACACUACUACACUAGCCUGACUCAAGGCUUUGUUUUCCAAGCCACUAUACCCGCCGGGGUCCACGCUGCCUUCAAGGGGGGAAUGUGACCAGGAGCGUAGCCGCUGAACCUUCCAAGAUGGACACCUUGUCUCUUUUUAUUUUCUUUUCUUUUAAUUUCAUUUUUUUUUUUAUUUCUCUCACAUGUUGUCCCUUUUUUUGCCUCUUAGAAGAGUUGCAUAUUCAUUGUAUUGUUUUUCUUUUUUUGUUUUCCUGUCCCCUUGUCCCCUCGUCCCCAAUCCCACAGUUGCAUACCUUGGUGUCCAGGUUGACUUGCCGCCCAGUAUUGGAGGGAAGUUUGAACGUGUGAUGCAGCCAACAUGAACGGUUGUCUUGUGUUGCACACCCUUUCCAACACUGUGACACGAUCGCCCCAGGGAGAAAAGCACCCAUGCUUGAUAUCGUAUGGUUCAUGACCAAUAUGUUUCCAGUACAGGAAAAAUCCCUGAAGAGGCAAAGGCGCUCUCGCUUUUGGCCCCCGCCACGCCAGUGGCCAGCCUGAUGAGCGGAGGAGGACUUCUGCCCAUUCCAAGCCCUGCUACACUACAGAAUCGUGGUCUUCCUUUAGCUAAUCUGGGGGUCCUGAAGUCUAGUUUGGACACAUCUGUGGCAGCUCUGAAUGCAAUUGCUUCACAGCCUCCGCUCAUGGGAAAUGUAGAUCCCUCUAAAAUUGAUGAGAUCAGAAGGACGGUGUAUGUCGGCAAUUUGAAUUCACAGAGCACCACAGCAGAACAGCUCCUUACGUUCUUCAAGCAAGUGGGAGAUGUUAAGUUUGUUAGAAUGGCAGGAGAUGAAACCCAGCCUACACGUUUUGCUUUUGUGGAGUUUUCUGAUCAGGAAUCGGUGACACGAGCGCUUACAUUUAACGGAGUCAUGUUUGGCGACAGACCACUAAAGAUUAACCACUCCAAUAAUGCCAUAGUGAAGCCUCCAGAGCUCACACCUCAAGCUGCGGCCAAAGAGCUGGAGGACGUGAUGAAGAAAGUCAGAGAGGCUCAGUCAACCAUUGCUGCUGUCAUCGAACCAGAAAAUGAAAAUAGUUCAUCCAGUAGAUCUAGACAUUCCAGAAGGUCCAGAUCUCACUCUCGCUCCCCAUCACACUCACGAAGAAAGCGAUCCAGAUCCAGGCACAGGGGACACCAAAGGUCACAGCAGAAGGUGAAUGACUCCCGUGGGUCCCAUAAGAGGCGCUCACGUUCCCGAGAAAGGAAACACAGCCAAAGUCGAUCUUAUUCUAGGGACCGAAGGAAGGACAAGGACAGCAAAGUAAGGAAAGAAGGUGACUGGGAAGAAAAGAGGCCACAGGACAAAAAGGGAAGGACGCCUCUUAAAGGCUACAGUGGCUCUAGACGUUCCCGCAGCAUAAGCAGAGGCCAUAAGAAAAGAAGCAGCUCUCGAUCCAGGUCACCAAGGCGGAGAGCCAGGUCACCGUCGCCGUCUAAAAGAGGCAAGAAAGAUAAAAAGAGGGAUAAAGGACGGGACAGUAGCAGGGAAAGGACAGAGAGCUCAAUGUCCAGGAGGAAAAGCAGGGAUUAUGAACAUAAAUCUAGACCAUCACUGAUGGAGAGGGGCUAUGAGCAGGCGGACCACCACGAGUAUGACAGUGAAAUGGAUGGAUUGGGUUCUGUGGGUAGUGUCGAUAGAUCUCCUCAAGCUUAUCUCAACGGCAGCUAUAGGAGCACUUACGCCGAGGAGGAUGAUCUCUCUGCAGCUGAGUGAUACACGUGUACCCAUAAUGCCAAGAACAGUGAUGUUGUCUGGAGAGCACAGCAUCAUGUAUGAUACUGUAACAGCUGUCACUCCUUUUGAAGUGUUUUCUCUUGCGUCCAUUGCUGUGUGAUUGUAGGCUCCUGGAAACAUUUUCUACUGCUGUGAAUAUGCUACCUGUCAUAUGAUAUUCAUAUGGAUGAAAAUGUAAAGUUUUGGAUAGAUCUUUAUUGUGCUGAGAGAUGCGGUGCAUUGAAUGAAGGUGCUUUUGUUGAGGUCACUUUUUUUAAUUAGUUUUGCAUUUGUUUUCUUUUGCAUGUAACUUUGUGUUUACAUUCUUGAGGAAAGAUGUUGUUUUAUGCUA